AUCUGUCACCAGGAAGUGGGAGGUAGAGUCACGUGUAGUUUUUCCAAAGGCUGCAAGAUGGCGGGAUUCGGGACGUGUUUGAAUUUCGCAUUUGUGACACUUUUUGUCACGACUGCAUGGGUUUUUCUCGGCAGAAAUCUCAGCUUUGGCACACUCUCAGUAGCCAUGUACUUCCCUACUGUGUUUGCGCUUCUGUUCAAGUUUGCAAGCGGUGAAUUUUUCGAGUUCGUUAGCCAGACAUUUGGCACGCUGAGCGCACCACCCACUGAAACGUAUUUUAGUGUGGCCACAGCAUGCCUCAUAUCGGUAGCAAUCACAGCGCUCACACUGUGUCUCUGUGUGGCCUUGAACCUCUCAAUGGGAUGGGGUAAACUUGCUAAACGAGAUGUGCAGGACGAUCAGAGGUCAUCCGAGGUCAAGAAGUCCAUGAGCCGGAGAGAGAUCUGGGGUUUUCUGAGAGCAUCUGGGGAGGAGGUUGGCUGGCGGUGUUUCUUACUGCCGUGCCUGGUGGAAAUGUAUUCACCUGCAGAUGCCCUGGCCAUCAGCGGAGUGAUAUGGGGUCUGUACCACGUUGCCAUCAUGAUCCUACUGACCUACAGACUCAAGGUGGACCGUCAAGUGACCACUGUUGUCAUCCAAUGUGUCUCAGUGUUUCUGAACGCCUACCCCCAUGGCUGGAUAACCAUGCGAUCUGGCUACUCCGUCUGGCCGUCUGCGGUCAUGCACUUCACGUGGAAUGUCUUGAAUCCGUGGGUUCUUGGCAGUAUUUACACCCAUAAGCCAGGCCUUAUCAUCGGGGACCAAUGGCUCAUCAACGGCGAGGGAUUGGCAGGAUGUAUCGUCAUUAUUCCCGUAGCCUUUAUGACCAUGAAAGAUUUAGCAGGAUAGACCAAGCAGUCAAAUCAAAAGCUUUGAUGGCCAACUCCUGCGAGUAGAACGGCACCAAAACAUCCCCAUUGUACUGCAUCUGCACAUUCUCAGCUGGGACCUGCAAGGGUAGGAAAGUUGCAGAAAAUUCUCCUUUUAUGGACUGAUCUUUCACUUU